AUGGGACAGAUGACCACACAACUAAAUCAAGCACAGCCACAAAAUUCGGACAGUUUGCCUUCUCAGACUCCUAGAAAUGAAAAUGUUAGUGCCACCACCCUCAGAUCAGGGAAGCCAAUUGUUGUGCCCACUGUGCCACCACCUACACCUACACCUGUUGCCUCUCAGAGAAAGGAGGACCAGGUAGGUCCUACUAGGACAUUUGAGGCAGGUGGACCUUCUUCCUCUUCUGGUGGUUCUUCUUCUUCUACAGGUGGACUUUCUUCUUCCACCACCACCACCAUCAGUGCAUCUCCUAAUAUACAACACCGACCUAUCCCACUUCCAUUUCCUCCUAAAUUAAUUCCAAGCAAAAAUAUGGAAGAGGUGGAUAAGGAGAUAUUGGAGACCUUCAGGAAAGUAGAGGUGAACAUACCUCUACUCGAUGCCAUAAAGCAGAUUCCCAGAUAUGCCAAAUUCCUAAAGGAGCUAUGCACCAAUAAAAGGAAGAUGAAGGGAAACGAAAGAGUGAGCAUGGGCAGAAAUGUAUCUACACUGAUAGGUAAAGCUGUACCUCAGAUUCCUGAAAAAUGCAAAGACCCAGGUACGUUCUACAUUCUGUGCAUUAUUGGAAAUAACAAAUUUGAGAAUGCCAUGCUUGAUUUGGGUGCUUCCAUAAAUGUCAUGCCUCUGUCAAUCUUUAAAUCUCUUUCUCUUGGAACUUUGCUACCAACGAGUGUGGUAAUAAAGUUAGCAAAUAAGAGUGUUGCCCAUCUCACUAGUUACAUAGAGGAUGUUUUAGUUAGGGUUGGGGAACUCUUUUUUCCUGCUGAUUUUUACAUUCUUGAAAUGGAGGAAGGAUUUUCCCGUGGGUCUACCCCAAUUAUCUUAGGGAGACCAUUUUUGAAAACUUCACGAACUAAAAUUGGUGUCUAUGCUGGUACAUUGUCAAUGGAGUUUGGCGACAUUACUAUUCGUUCUAAUAUUCUUGAUGCCAUGAAACAUCCAUCUGAGGACCAGUCAGUGUUUCGUGCUGAGAUACUUGAUUAUACGGUUGAUGAGCAUGUUUCUACUUCUCACUCUUUGCAUGAUAAGAACCACUCUUUGCAUCACAUGUGA